AUGUACUACGCUCCUUACCUGCCCAGUGCGAUACUCGUCAUAUCCGGCAUUGCAGCAGCAUACGCCCAGAAUCUGGUCCUGACGAAUGACGAUGGCUGGGCUGUGGCCCAAAUUCGCGCCCAAUACACAGCACUAACGGACGAAGGAUUCGAGGUGGUUCUUUCAUCGCCGGCCCUGGACAUGUCUGGCACAGGCUCAUCAACUAUGAUACCGCUUCCUCUGGACAUCACACCCUGCGAAUAUGAUUCCGGCGCAGCCGCCGAAGCAGCAACGAUCGGCGUCUCAUCUGUUGCAUUCGGCGGCACCAGCGGCUCGCAUGUCUCCUACACCACGCUCGCCAGCACGCCGAACGCCACCUCGACACUCUCUGCAUACUUUUAUGCCACACUCACCACACAGUUCAUUCACACGUUCCUAAGCGGCGGCUCUGCCCCCGUGCUACCCCCGGAGACGUUUGUGAGCGUGAACUACCCGGCUAUCAGUGCGUGUGCUGAGCCGGUGGACGCACGCUGGGUGCUCGCACGAAACCUGGCGAACCCAUUCGCUGAGGACAUCGAGACGUGCGGGACGACGUCGCUUCCCACGGAGAACGAUGUCCUGGGAACAACUGGGUGCUACGUGAGCGUGGUGGUGUUGGACGCUCGGACGAAAUCGGACGUGAAUGCGACACGCCAGAAGGCGGUGCUUGAGCGGCUGAGCGCGCUGCCCCUAGAUUGUUUACCAAACUAG